GUUUAAAAUGUCGGUGACGUGUGUCAUGUCAUCUUAGUUUUUGCCGAAUGUAAUACGCUGGAAAAAUGGAGUUAUUCAAAGUAUCUUCUAUAAUUGCGCUAUUUUUCUUCUUAGACGUAACCUCAGCUUUAUAUUUCCACAUAGCUGAAGGUGAAAGAAAAUGUUUCAUAGAAGAAAUUCCGGACGAUACGACAGUUAUAGUGAAUUACAAAGUGGAAUUAUAUGACCCGAGAUCAGGAGGUUUCAUGCCAUCGACCCCUGGCAUAGGCAUGCAUGUGGAGGUUCGCGAUCCCAACGAUAAAGUGUUGAUGUCCCGUGUGUAUUCGUCAGAAGGCAUGAUAUCAUUCACAUCGGUAACGCCGGGAGAGCACGUUAUCUGCAUGUACUCUAACAGUACAUCUUGGUUCAGUGGUUCCCAGCUAAGAGUGCACCUGGACAUUCAAGUUGGUGAGCAUGCAGUGGACUAUGCUAAUGUAGCUCACAAGGACAAACUAACAGAGCUGCAGCUUAGAAUCAGACAACUGCUUGACCAAGUACACCAGAUUACGAAGGAGCAGAGCUAUCAAAGGCACCGUGAGGAGCGUUUCAGACAGACUUCAGAAAGCACAAACCAGCGUGUAUUGUGGUGGAGUCUUCUCCAAACUGGUGUCCUUGUUGGCAUUGGCUACUGGCAGAUGAGACAUCUCAAGAGCUUCUUUGAAGCCAAGAAAUUAGUCUAAAUUAUUCAUAAUAAACAUUUAUAAGUUUAGUCUUGUCCUAUUAUUUUCAUAAUUUCCUGGAAACCAGUGCACUAUUUAUAUAACUUCUUAUGUUUUGUGAGCUUUAUAACAUGUUGAUCUGUAUUUUUGCAAUAAAACUAAAUUAUUUUAUGAAAAUAAUUUAUUUCUUACAAGCCUAGUAUUACCUAGUGGUUCUAUACAUUAAUUAUAAAACAUUACACAAUAUCACAUUCUGUUAUUUUACUAAUUUAAAUCUUUCACAGUGGUACUUAGAAAUAAGGAAUGAUUGAGAACACUUAUAAAAACAGGUUGUAAAUGUAUGUAACAUUUAUUCUUAGAAAUAAAUGAUUUGACCAAAAUACAUAAAAUAUUGUUUAUUACAAAAUAAAAUUAAAUAUCUUAAAAUAAAACUAUCUAUUAUUUGUAAAUAAGAAAAAGAAUGCCCUUAAUCAACUAACUAAACUGUUUGGGUGCACUCAAUUCUCAACUCUAAAUAUACUAUCUAAGUAAUUAACAAAAAUUGAUGAAUUGGCUUUAGUGAAUGGAGUGAGCAAAGUAAAGUCCACCAUACUUAAUGUACUUAUUAAUGUAUCACAUGUGCAGUAAUAUAGAUGAGAGUCAAUUUGAAGCUGUUCUGCUAAUUCUAAUUGGUGAUUAUCCAUUAAGUCUUCAUUUACAACUACCAGCAGAGGUUUAUUAGCUUCUAAAGCCUCCAGACAGCUGCCAGCUCCGGCAUGACUUAUCACCAAGUCAGCAUUCUUAAUAUCCUCUUGAAUCGAGUCCUUAAAUCUGUACAUAUUAAUCUUAACAUUCUCCUUCUCUAAUAUAGCUGGUUCUACAUUGCUAUUGCCAAUUUGAAACGUAAUUUCUUUACAGCCGAUGUUUUUUAACGCCGCUAGCACAGGUUCGGUCAAGAUAUAAUCGCAAAGUAAAUCAAAUCUCGUUGUGCCGACAGUUAUGAAAAUCUUCUUAUAGUAUUGUUGCGCCAUUUUAUAUAAUUUCCAUUAAUUCUAAAACGGAUUUGAAUACACCAAGCUCAAUUCAAAAUAUCUUUGUAA